AUGGUAUCGCAAUGUCAUGGCCCCGUCUGGGUCAUUGACGACCUUAGCCGUUGCUUUCAGCGCAACUAUCUGCAAACUAUCUUUCCUUUGACGGCCUGCGGAAUCUCCUUAUUUUUCCUUCUCGCCCAGUUCGUGUACCGCCGUUUUUCGUCAUCGAAAGGGUUCGCAUACACACCAAUCGCAAACGGUGCAGUCCCAGAGACCAGCCAUGAUGGUGAGGAGGAGGAACCGGUGCUGCGGAAGGCGGAGCGAGACUCGGAUGUACACUACGAAUUGGAUCGUCCGCGGGGAGAGCUGACCUUCGUGGCUUUGGAAGCGAUCGCUUUGACCGGAGAAGUCGCCAUCAGCAUCGCAGCUCUUAGUACUCAUGGGUGGGGACGUCAUGGCACCGUGCCAGCCAUAGCCAGACUGGUCUCAUGGUCUUAUUUGUUAUUUUUGGUCUCGCUGAGGUUUUUGCUCUCCGCGCUGAAUCUUCGUUCAUUCCCAAGGAUCUGGAACCAUACCGCCAUCCUCUACGGCAUCCAGUGGCUCUUGACCGUCAGCGUGUUCCGAUCGGCCAUUAUCCAUCCGCUGUCCAAACGCGCAGUUAUCCUUACAUCUACAGAGUUCGCUCUAUCAACAGUUUUAUUGUUAAUCGCCUUGACCACGCGAAGAGGAAACAAGAGUGUUUUGGUUCAAUAUGAAGAUGGACUCGAGCCGCCAAGGGAUCCGAGGGCGAGCUUGCUCUCGCUGGCUACCUUUUCAUGGCUGGACCCGCUCGUGCUGAAGGGAUACAGGAGGGCGCUGGAACUCGAGGACGUAUGGAACCUGACAGUUGGGCAGCAGGCGGCUACGGUACUCGAAGACUUCCGUCGUGCCGGGAGGACAACAGCACUUGUCUGGAGACUGUUAGCCUACUUCCGCAGAAUGCUAUUGCUGCAAGGAGCGUGGACGAUAUUCUCCAACCUGUUCACAUUUAUGCCGACUCUGCUUUUGAAGGCGAUCCUUGAAUACGUGGAAGAUCCACGCUCGACCCCACGCAAUGCGGCUUGGCUCUACGCCAUUCUGCUCUUCUGCUCGGGUGCUGUACAAGGUACGGCCGACGGACAGGCUCUCUGGAUCGGGCGAAAGCUGGGUGUGAAGCUGCGAGCGAUCAUUAUCGGUGAGAUCUAUUCCAAAGCGCUGCGCCGGAAGGCGGGUGUGUCCCCUGACGCGCCGCAGAAGAAGGAAAAUGAGCCACAAAAGUUGAAGAAAAAGAUCCUCUCUUUUGGGCGAAAGAAGAAAGCCGAUGUCAAGACGGAUAGUGAACUUGUGAAGAAGGCCGAAGACGUCGCGCAAGCCAACGUGGGGACUAUCAUCAACCUGAUGGCGAUCGAUUCUUUCAAGGUCAGUGAGGUAGGCGCUUACCUGCACUUCUUGUGGGCUAGUGUCCCCGUACAGGUUAUUAUGGCGGUGGUUCUGUUGUAUCGGAUCCUCGGGUUUAGCUCCUUCGCCGGCAUCGCAUUGAUGGUCCUGAUUCUUCCCGUAAACGUCUACAUCGCGCGCAUGUUCAGACAGGUCCAGAAUAAGAUCUUGGCGAGUACGGAUGCCCGAAUUCACUCCACCAACGAAGUCCUCCAGAACAUACGAAUCAUCAAGUACUUCGCCUGGGAGCAACGGUUCGAGGAUAUCGUCAACGAGAAGAGGAGAGCGGAACUCAAGGCCCUACGCCGACGUUACAUUAUUUGGUCUAUUGCUGCGACUGUAUGGUACGGGACACCAAUCCUGAUCACAUUCACCUCAUUCUUCCUCUACACCGUUGUCGAAAAGAAGCGCUUGACUCCGUCGAUUGCUUUCCCGGCUCUGUCGAUGUUCUCCCUGCUUCGUGUCCCAUUGGAUCAGCUCGCCGAUAUGGUCGCCCACGUGCAGGAAUCCAAGGUCUCGAUUGACAGAGUAGAGAAAUAUCUCAAUGAGGACGAAACUGAAAAGUACGACCAGCUCCGUGACAGUGUGGAAGGGCCGCCUAAGAUCGCCUUGGAACGAGCCACGCUAACCUGGGCCGCUCCGAAGAAAGACUCCCAUGACCGCUCGGGUGAGAACAUCGCAGACUCUUUCCGUUUGAUCAACCUGGAUGUUUCUUUCCAAAUUGGAAAGCUCAACGUGAUUGCGGGCCCAACUGGAUCAGGGAAGACAUCACUACUGAUGGCUCUGUUGGGAGAGAUGAAUCUCAUCGAAGGAAAGGUCUAUCUGCCAGGUGGUGGUCGCAGUCGCGCAGAGAUCCCGUUAGACCCCGAGACAUUGCUCACAGAGAGUGUUGCGUAUUGUGCUCAGGAACCGUGGUUGGUCAAUGACACUAUUAAAGAGAACAUUGUUUUCGCGUCACCUUUCGACAAGCGACGCUACAAUUCUGUGAUCAAAGCAUGUGCCCUCGAACGUGAUCUUUCUAUUCUAGAUGCUGGAGACCAGACGCUCGUCGGUGAGAAGGGAAUCAGUCUCUCUGGCGGACAGAAGCAGAGGAUAUCAUUAGCUCGUGCCAUGUAUAGUAGAGCCAGGCACCUUCUUCUAGACGAUUGUCUGAGUGCUGUCGACUCUCACACCGCUAAACACAUAUUCCAGGAGGCAAUAAUGGGGCCACUGAUGUUCAACCGGACUUGCGUGCUCGUUACGCACAAUGUUGCCUUGACUGCCCCCCAAGCUGAUCAUGUUGUUGUUCUUGAUAACGGCAGAAUCUCGGUGCAGGGUCCACCGGAUGAAGUGGCAGCCUCCGGAGCUCUCGGAGAAGACCUUCUCAAGUCAAGGCCAACUUCAAGAGGCGGCUCUCAUCUGUCAUCGCGGGUCCCGUCCAAUCUUGAGGAGCAGUUAGAGCAUGCCAAUGGUGAACACGAACCGAAUGGUGAUGCAGAUGGUACAGCAAAUGGCUCAGCAUCGAAGGCAGGAAAGUCUGCUUUGACGGAGUCGAAGGCUGUUGGCAGUGUCAAGAUGUCAACAAUUAAGAUGUAUCUUGACUCCAUGGGCCCCUGGUAUUUCUGGAUUAUCGCUGUCGCCGUCUUCUGUGCCCAGCAGCUCGGCUCUGUGUCCACCAAUAUCUGGAUCAGACAGUGGGCGAACGCGUACCACAAUGAGAAGGCCGAGCCGGAUGCUGCUGGCACAUAUGCCGCCGUUGCGAACUUCAAGUUCCCGUCUUUCAUCUCUGGGAGUGUGCCACGAACAACGUCAUGGGGUGCACACCAGCUCAAUAUGAAUUCUAACGGCUCAACUGAUGGCAAUGUUAACGUCUCGUACUACCUUGGGGUCUAUGCACUUCUGGGUAUCGCAUACGUGAUCAUCUCCAUGACUAGGGAGGCCGUCCUGUUCUGGGGUUCGUUGCAUGCAUCGUGGAAGAUACAUGGGCGUCUCCUCAAGGCUGUUCUUCACGCUAAGUUCCGAUUCUUCGAUUCUACACCCUUGGGCCAACUGAUGAAUCGAUUUUCAAAGGACGUGGAGGCCGUGGAUCAGGAGGUCGCCCCUGUCGCAAUCGGCAUGCUUCACUGCAUGGCCUCAGUGAUCAUGAUUGUGAUCCUCAUUUCCGUCAUCACGCCGGGGUUUCUGAUAGCAGGCAUCUUUAUCACUAUGGUAUAUGCAGCGCUUGGAGCGGUCUACUUAAACUCCUCCCGGGAUUUGAAGAGACUUGAAUCGGUGCAACGGAGCCCUCUGUACCAACAGUUUGGCGAGACUCUGCAUGGAAUUGUCACUAUUCGUGCAUACGGGGAUGAACAACGUUUCAUUCUGGACAACCAUCGCCGUAUAAAUUCAUACAAUCGUCCUCACCUGUAUCUAUGGGCUUGCAACCGUUGGCUCGCAUACCGCGUUGACAUGACAGGUGCCCUGGUCUCUUUCUUCUCAGCGACAUUUGUGAUCCUGAGUGUCGGCAAGAUUGACGCAGGAGCGGCUGGUCUGUCACUGACAUACGCCGUUACCUUCACGGAGAAUAUACUUUGGCUCGUCCGACUUUAUGCAGAAGCUCAGCAGAACAUGAACUCGGUUGAACGUGUUAAGGAAUACCUCGAGGUGGACCAAGAGGCAGACGCGGUCAUUCCUGACUCCCGUCCACCACCUGGCUGGCCGACUAGGGGUUCUCUGCAGUUCAUUGACUACACUACGCGGUACAGACCAGACCUUGACCCGGUGCUCAAAAACGUCACUUUCACGGUCCAGGCAGGCGAAAAGGUGGGGAUCGUUGGUCGCACUGGCGCUGGUAAGAGUUCUCUUGCUCUUGCUCUUUUCCGCGGUCUUGAAGCCGAGAAAGGGCAAAUUAUCAUCGAUGAUGUGGAUAUUGGGAAGAUCGGCCUGCAGGAUCUGCGCGAGGCAAUCACCAUUGUCCCUCAAGAUCCCACUCUUUUCACGGGAACCAUCCGUAGCAAUCUUGAUCCCUUCGGUCUGUUCACGGACGAGCAGAUUCUCACGGCGUUACGCCGGGUGCACCUGCUCGGCUCUGAUACAUCAGGGUCAGCAACACCGACGACCAGCAAUUUGUCCGAGGCCGAGACCGCCUCUCCUACACCCAACGGAAGUGACGGUACUGCUGCUGUGUUUCAAGACAAUAAGAACAUAUUCCGCAACCUGGAGACCCCGGUGUCAGAGUCUGGUUCUAACCUCUCUCAAGGCCAGCGUCAGCUGCUUUGCAUGGCCCGAGCUCUUCUGAAGAACCCGCGGAUUUUGAUGAUGGACGAAGCAACAGCGUCCAUCGAUUAUGCCACCGAUGCCAAGAUUCAAGAAACUCUUCGAGAACUAAAGGACAGCACUAUCAUUACCAUCGCUCAUCGUCUACAGACGAUCAUUGAUUAUGAUAAAGUACUCGUGUUGGACCAUGGUGAGGUCGUCGAGUUCGAUCACCCGUGGACGUUGAUCAGCAAGGAAGGAGGUAGCUUCCGUGGCAUGUGUGAAAACAGUGGUAACAUGGAUGUCCUUCUGGACGGUGCAAAGAAGGCCUGGGAUCAGAAGAGGCUUGUUGAUGAUUCUUAG